CUCUAGUGGCCAGUGCCGCCUUAGGAAAGCUGUAUAAUGAAUUUAUGAUCUCUUUUUUUCUUCUUCUUCUUCUGUAUUUGUCGACAUCCUUGUAAACAGAAACAAAAGAUCCAUUUGCUGGAAGAAGCCAUGUCACGGAAGAGAUCAACGUCAACCAAGUUUUGUUGAACAUGGAAUAUGACGAAUCGAUGGUUGAACUUGUGUGUUAAUUGGAUACAAAGUCUUUGCCCUUAGUGAAUGCUUAUGUCGGAGUUGAUAUUAUAGAUUGUUUUUUUAGGUUACCUAUGUAUGUGUUAGACUCGCACGCGUUGCGUCGUAUUUUAUCAACCAAGUGAUUAAAGUGAGUGAACCUACUCCUUUUUAGCACAGAAUUUUAAGUUAUGUUGGUGGUCUAACAAUAGCAGAACAGUGUAAUCGCCGCAUGGGUUGAGUAAUAGAACGAUUGAAUGUAUCAUUGCACUCCGUUUGAUUUGAAUGUAUCAUGAGAAGAUCCUGUGAUGGUAAAGGCACAUUAAAAGUGGGUUCAUGUUAUGCAGGACGACUCUUUGCCAAAGUGAUUACAGACCUAAAAUAUUUGACAAAUGCCCAUCCGAUUGAUUAUCAUUCAAUCAUUGUAUCGAUCGAUACACCUUCAUUUAUGUUAAUCAUUUUUAUUAACCGCUGCUACGAAUUUACUCUUAGAUGAUUAUACAGCAUCAACAAUGAAUAUAAGGAUAUAGAGAACAAUCUAAUUUAUGAGUCAUGAGUCACAAUUCAACACAAGCACUUGCACUACUCAUCCAAAUAGUUGGACAUUUAUAUUUACUUAUUAUAAACUAACUAAUAUAAAUUAGCUGAAAACAAGCCGCAAAAACACAGAGGGCCAAAAGGAGUGAGCUGGAAAUGGCGUUUCCGUAGUUUCCCACAACUCCAAGGGCUAAUAUUCCCCAAAUAUCCUAUUAGAUCCAUCCCACCGUCGCCACUGUCACUUUGUCUCUCUUAUACGGAAAGAGAGUCCUCCGCUCCCUCUCACCACCACCGCCACAGAAAUAAACUACCAGAGAGACGCAGCAAGAAGAAGAAGAAGAAAAUACCCCGCAAUCGGAGAAACAAAAACCAUGUCCCCAACCAAACAGAAGCACCGGAGCUCCGCCUCCACCUCGCCCAGAUCCACCGUCGAUGCCGCCACCGUACCCGACUGGAUCUCGGAAUCAAUCAACGGCGGAACCCUCCGCCACGUCGACCUCGAGACCGGAACCAACGGCUGGGCCUCGCCACCGGGUAAUCUCUUCUCCCUCCGCUCCAAAAACUACUUUACCAAAAAACAGAAAUCCCCCGGCGGCGACUACCUCCUCUCCCCCGCCGGGAUGGACUGGAUCAAGGCCUCCACCAAGCUCGAGAACGUCAUGGGCCGGCCCGACAACCGCGUCUCCCAGGCCCUCCGCCGGGCCCAAUCGGAGGGGGAAUCCCUCAAAUCCUUCGUCCUCGCAGUGAACCUCCAGGUCCCCGGGAAAGACCCGCACAACGCGGUCUUCUACUUCGCGUCCCCAGAUCCGCUCCCCGCGGGGAGCCUGCUGCACAAAUUCGUCAACGGCGACGACGAGUACCGGAACCAGCGGUUCAAGAUCGUGAAUCGGAUCGUGAAGGGGCCCUGGGUGGUGAAGAAGACGGUCGGGAAUCACAGCGCGUGUCUGCUGGGGAAGGCGCUCACCUGCAAUUACCACCGGGGGCCCAACUAUUUGGAGAUCGAUGUCGAUAUCGCGAGCUCGGCAAUCGCCACCGCGAUUCUGCAUCUGGCGCUGGGGUGCGUGACGAGCGUGACGAUUGAUAUGGGGUUCCUGGUGGAGGCGCAGGAGGAGGAGGAGCUGCCGGAGAGAUUGAUUGGAGCGGUGAGGGUUUGUCAGAUGGAGAUGUCGUCGGCCGCGGUGGUGGAGUCGUCGUCGCCGACGGCGAUGGCGACGGUGGUUGGGCGUGGGAUAGGGUUGGCGAAGGUCAAUCAUCAUGAGGACGAAGAUUGAUCGAUUGAAUUGAUUGUGGUAAAGGACACAACUGUAAUUGUUGACCAAAAUGCGGGGUUUAGAUUAUUAUUUUUUUGCGUUCGUUUUUGUAAUUUUGUUCAAUGAAUGUAACGCUUCGGUUAAAUGUUUUUAUGUGUGGGGGUUAGCGGUGGACAUUGUAGAUAAUAAAAGUGGAAACAUGAGUAACGACCAAUUUCUUCAAAAAUAAUUUUAUCUCGAAUGCGUGGAAGGAUAGAAAUCAUGUUGCGGAUUAUCUAGUCUAUUAACGACGUGACGAUUUAGGUCUUUAGAGUUUGGCAGAUAUCAGUUUGUAACGUGUUCGUGUUGUUUAUUCGAUAAAUCACGAGUAAUUUCGCCUAAGCCAAAACUGAAAUAUGGCGGGAGUAAGCUAGAGUGUGAAAUUGACCAAUUAGCUACAAAGAAUUGGGCUGCCAAAUGUGUUAGGGCAUUGUGGGUUGGUUGUGGAUUUAUAGAGAGGGAUUUGUGGAUGACAAAUUACUACAUAGGAGUGAUUGUACUUGGUCUUGUUUUUCUCAGCGGAAACAUGGGGUUAGUACAAAAUUAUGACGGUUUUGAUCAUUGUAGGUGGUUGGAUGGGAUAAUAUCAAUAUCAUAUUUUAGAAUCGGUGCGCUGAAGGGGAUCCUAACUCGAUUGGAUGCACCUUGACUAUGGUGCUCAUAGACAUCAACGUAGUUAGAGCGAGUGCGAGCGAUCUGUUAGCACGCUCUCACAAAGAUCGUGCGUGCACAGUAGCAAAAUCCGAUUUGACAUAUGUGUAAUUUGAGUGGAUGACCCCAUCUUCGAAGCCUCUUUCCCUUGGGAUAGAAAUGUUUUGUUCUCGUUCUUUUGCCGACCAUGUGAUCAGUCACACUAGUGGGCACCAAUUAUGGUCUUAGGAGCUUAAUCAGUCAUGCGAUCAUUCGAUGUUUAAUUAGACUAACAUACUAUAGAGAUUAUUAGUAUGGUUACGCAGACAUAAUUAGGUUAUCAUUUUGACACGUCAAUGAUUGUUGGAUUACACGUUUUCAAUUUCAUGAUAGGAUGUUCUAAGUUUCUAACCCUAUUCAGCUUUUUCGAAUACAAGCGGAUUGAGAGUAGUAGUGUAGUACGCAUUGUGGUGGUUAGGAAUAUAUUCGCAUUGCUGGU